CCUGGCCCUUGGAUGAGCACAUCCAUCAGGGGGCCCCUGGACCAUCUCUGAGGGGAAGUCUGUGUGAACACAGUCAUUUUAAGCGUCAGACGUGAGUGAGCAGCUAAACCAAACCCUGGAGUCACUGGCGGGAGGGAAUCCUGUGUCACCAGUGUCUUCGGGUUGGGCCACCGGCUAGAAGGGGGCCGAGGAGGGGAGAAGCACACCACAUGGGGUGGAUUCGGAGGCCCUGUCGGUGGGGCGGAGUGUGAGCCCCAGACUCCUCACCUAGAGGCCACGCUGCCUGGGGCUGUUCCCGCGACUUGCUCAGAGAGUCCAGGGUUAUUGUUUAAAAUGUUUACUCAUUUCUUUUGAGACAGACAGAGAGCAAGUGAGGGAGGGGCAGAGGCAGAGGGAGAGAGAAUCCCAAGCAGGCUCCGUGCUGGCAGCACAGAGCCUGACUCCGAAACCAAGAGUCAGAUGUUUGACUGAGCCACCCAGGCGCCCCAGGUUAUUGAGAGGAGCAGGCCCAGUGAGGCCCCGAGGAAGCAGAAGGGUGGCCAGGGUGGAGCUUUGUGGGGACACAAAGGGGAACUGACGGCCAGCAGGCCGUCCCCUCCCGUGAACCAGAGAGGAAGGAGGAACGCUGACCAGGAGGCCCGGAUGGAGAGGCGGCCUCCGUGGUGUCGGGCCCCGCCAGACCCGCUCUCGGGCCCCCAGCUCCUGGGUUUGCUCCUGUUUCCCUGGACCCUGCAGCUCACAGGAGGACAGUUGGUGACCCACAUCGGCGCCCCCAUCAUGGUCUCUCUGGCCAACGAGGCCAUCUCCUUUGGCUGCAAAAUCUCCUACCCGCACAGCCCCGAACUGAAGGACUUCACAGCCUGGUACUUUCACGUGGACCUUCAGAGUCAGAGGAGCUCCGAGAAGCAGAUCAACUGCUCAGCCCACCCGGUCCGAGAGAACCAGACGCACAGCCUGAAAUGCUGGGUCACGCCCCAGCUGCCCAAUGCGUCGGCCACCGGUACCUACUACUGCUCCGUGCACUGGCCAAACUUGAUAAGAAUCAGCAAAGGAAUCUUCAUCCUGGUCCGAGACACAGGGUACCGAGAGCCCCCACAGGGCGCCCAGGAGCUUCUGCUCUUUUGCUUCACGGGCCUCCUGACCCUGCUGAGCAUCUUGGUCACGGCUCUGCUCCUCUGGAAGAAGGGACAGAUGCGGGCUCCCCUGAAGCACCUGGACCCUGGCACCGCCCACGGCCAGGAACAGCCUGUGGCCGAAUCCAUCUACACAUCUCUACAGGGCAGAGACACUGAAAUCUACUCCUGCAUCCAGACCGUGCCCAGCAGGCUGCCCCCCAACCCACGGCCUUGUCUCCCAGGAGAAAAUGCACAGAUUUACGAAUGACAGCGAAUUUAACCCGGUCUAUGAAAAUCUCUAGGAUGAGCUCCACGGUCCCUUCGGUCUCGCCCUGGAUCAGAUGCCCCACAGCAGCUCCGCCUUCCACAGGACCUGUCCUAUCCCAGGAGUGAGGCCCCAGGGGCAUCCCAGCACCUCGCCCCCACAUUCAAGGCACUUCCGGCCUUGGCCUGCCCCCUACCCCCUCCUUCUGUGUCCCAGCCAGACCCAUCGGUCACUGCGUUUCACAUCUGGCCUUUGCCCAGACUGUCCCUUCUGCCCGGGAGCCCUUCCUCAGUCCUCACAGGCUCUCCUCGACACAGCCCCUCCCCAAGCCCUCCGCACCCUUUCAUGGGCUCUCUGGGCGCCAGCCUGCACCACGGCCUGAGCCGGCGAGGCCAACCGUGAGCUCCUCGCGGAGGUUCCCAGCAAAGGACCCUUGUCGGUGCCGUGAGUGCGAGCAUCCGCGGGGAUGAAUAAAGGAACGACUACACAAAUACCCCA